UAGUCUUCCGAAGUCUGUCUUCUUUCUUGAUCGCCUUCACGAAAUGGAUCGAGAGGAGACGCUAAGCUUCUUCCCGCCUGACUCUUAUUCCGACCUCGACAGCAGCUUCACUAGCUCAACGACGUCUGCCUCCACUUUCAGCGCCCGCAGCAGCCUCAGCUUGGCGUCCUUCUCGUCCUCUACUUCCUCCUCUUCUUCGUUUGCUCCGAAGCCCCUCCCCCACAACUGCUCCGAUCCCCACUGGUCUGCCCUCCGUGCUGCAGCCAACCUCUCUCCUGAUGGCCUCCUGCACCUCCACCACCUCCGGCUCCUCCGCCCUCUCGGCUCCGGCCAUCUCGCCCGCGUCUUCCACUGCCGGCUCCACGGCUUCGAUGAUGAUCACUCGUCCUCCGAGUUCGCCCUGAAGGUGAUCGACCUCGAUGCUCUCUCCCGCUCCUCCGGCAACUACUCCAAGCCCGAUGACGACGAGUAUGAGGAGGAAAGCGGCGACGGCCGCGGCAGGGGGAAGAUGUGGCACGUGCGGGCCGAGGCUCGAGCGCUGGCGGAGAUGGACCACCCGUUCUUGCCGACUUUGUACGCCCGGCUCGACGCCUCACACUAUGCGUGCUUCCUCAUCGACUACUGCCCUGGUGGUGACCUGCACUUGCUCCUCCGUCGCUGCCGCGGGCACCGCCUACCGCCGGUGGCCGCCCGGUUCUACGCCGCUGAGGUCCUCCUCGCCCUCGAGUACCUCCACGCCCUCGGCUUCGUGUACCGCGACCUCAAGCCCGAGAACAUCCUCCUCCGCACCGACGGCCACAUCAUGCUCUCCGACUUCGACCUCUCCUUCCGAUCUCACGUCACGCCUGUCCUCCGCCGCCGCCGCCAUCGCCGCCCUCGCCGCAGGAACCGCCUCUUCUGCUGCCUCCUUGGCUGCAGCGUAUCCAGCGAGGACGAGGAGCCCGAGUUUGUGGCCGAGCCAUCGUCGGCCUUCUCGAGGGCGUGCGUCGGGACGCACGAGUACCUGGCUCCAGAGGUGGUCAACGGCCGCGGCCACGGCAACGGCGUCGACUGGUGGGCGUUCGGGGUGUUCCUCUACGAGCUCUUUUACGGUCGCACGCCCUUCAAGGGCGCCACCAAGGAGGCGACCCUGCGGAACAUCCUGACUCGGGAGGUCAAGUUCCCGGAGACCAACGGCGGCAAUGGGUCGGAAACCAAGGCGAGGGACCUGAUCUCGCGGCUCCUGGUGAAGGACCCGGCGAGGCGGAUGGGGUCGGCCCGGGGGGCGGCCGAGAUCAAGCGGCACCCCUUCUUCGAGAGCGUUCAGUGGCAGCUGAUUCGGUGCACGCGGCCACCAGUCGUGACAGGCCCCGCCGGCAGCGCGCGUGAGCGGGCGGCCAAAGUGAAGAGAGCGCAGUGGUGGAGUGGUUGGAGAAAGAGCGCCGGCAUCAGUAGUAAUUGUAGGAGCAAUAACAAUAAGACGAAAGGACUCAAACCGGGAUUUGGGUUGGGGUUGUUGCGAUCCAAGAAGGGGACGGCGGAGAGGAAUGACAGCGGGAGAUAGAUGAUGAGUUGGGUGUUGUUCUUGGAAGCCGUUUGUACAAAGAUGAGUUGAAGCAGCAGCAAACAAUGGAUGUCAUCGUGUAACUUUGAAUGUACAGAGUUGGCUUUUCGUACUACUACAGCUUUUACUUCGUAUAAGCUAAUUUGGUGCUAAUUGUUAAGGAAGAUUUGGAUUUCAUGCAUGUCAUGAUAAGUACGUGCAGUCCAAGUAAAAAAUCUUUCUUGUUAUAUCCUCCUUUGUGCCAAAAUCAAGUAGGAGUUGAACUGUCUUUUUCUUUCCAACAAGAACUGUGAACGUAAACAUGUU